CCUCUCUCGUCCAUUGUUCUCCGUGCCCCUUGGGCUUGAGCUGAGGUGAAUUCAGAGGGGCCGGGCCCGAACGGGCCGAGGGGUGCUUUUGCUCGCGGAGCGACCGUGGGAACAAGAUCUGGUCCUUGGAGAGGCGAGCGGGAGAGGCAGCAGUGCUCCUUGCUGAGAUUGGAGGAAGGAGGUGCCUUCUCAGAGAGCCUGGAGAGGAGUGAGGCUUGAUGUCUGAGUGAUCGUCCCGGAAGUUGGACAAUGGCAGCGGAAGUUCCAGCGGUGACCACUCCCCUCAGCCCUUUGGCCCGGGUACCUCAAGAAGAUGAACCAGCAGAAGUUACUACUAUGAUCCUGGAGGAUGAUUCGUGGGUACAGGAAGCAGUGCUGCAAGAGGAUGGCCCAGAGUCUGAGCCCUUUCCCCAGAGUGCUGGAAAGGGCAGCCCACAGGAGGAGGGUGCAGCCGGGGGACCUCAGGGUGCACUUGUCCGAUUUCGGGAGCUCUGUCGGCGCUGGCUGAGGCCAGAGCUGCACACUAAGGAGCAGAUGCUAACUGUGCUGCCGAGGGAAAUUCAGGCCUGGCUGCGAGAACAUCGGCCUGAGAGCAGUGAGGAGGCAGUGGCCCUGGUGGAGGACUUGACCCAAACGUUUCGGAACAGUGAUUUUGAGAUGCAGAGUGAGAAUGGGGAGAAUUCAAAUCAAGACAUGUUUGAGGAUGUGGGAUCACGUGAGAUGUUGGUGAACAUGCCUGGAGGAGAGGGUGGUCGGCAGUCCGAUGGGGAGAGUGACUUUGAGAGAGACUGUGGCUCCGGGGGCGCCCACGGAAAUGCCCCAAGUGAGGACCACAGGGAGGUGCCAUCUGAGGGAAGGGAAGUCGGCCAGCUAAUAGGCCUGCAGGGCACCUACCUGGGGGAGAAGCCUUAUGAAUGUCCCCAGUGUGGGAAAACUUUUAGCCGGAAAUCCCACCUCAUCACCCACGAACGGACCCACACAGGAGAGAAAUACUACAAAUGUGAUGAAUGUGGGAAAAGCUUUAGCGAUGGUUCAAAUUUUAGUAGGCACCAAACGACUCACACAGGAGAGAAACCUUACAAAUGCAGGGACUGCGGGAAGAGCUUUAGCCGGAGUGCGAACCUCAUCACCCACCAGAGGAUCCACACAGGGGAGAAGCCUUUCCAGUGUGCCGAGUGUGGCAAGAGCUUUAGCAGGAGCCCCAACCUCAUCGCUCAUCAGCGCACGCACACAGGUGAGAAGCCGUACUCCUGCCCGGAGUGUGGAAAGAGCUUUGGCAACCGCUCCAGCCUUAAUACUCACCAGGGAAUUCACACUGGAGAAAAACCCUACGCGUGUAAGGAGUGCGGCGAAAGCUUCAGUUACAACUCCAACCUGAUCAGACACCAGAGAAUCCACACGGGAGAGAAACCGUACAAAUGCACGGAGUGCGGGCAGAAGUUCAGCCAGAGCUCAGCGCUCAUUACGCACCGGAGAACGCACACGGGCGAGAAGCCGUACCAGUGCGGCGAGUGCGGCAAGAGCUUCAGCCGCAGCUCCAACCUGGCCACUCACCGGCGCACCCACAUGGUGGAGAAGCCCUACAAGUGCGGGGUGUGCGGGAAGAGCUUCAGCCAGAGCUCCAGCCUGAUCGCACACCAGGGCAUGCACACGGGGGAGAAGCCCUACGAGUGCCUGACAUGCGGCGAGAGCUUCAGCUGGAGCUCCAACCUCAUCAAGCACCAGAGGAUCCACACCGGGGAGAAGCCGUACAAGUGCGGCCAGUGUGGGAAAUGCUUCAGCCAGCGCUCGCAGCUGGUGGUGCACCAGCGGACCCACACGGGCGAGAAGCCCUACAAAUGCCUCAUGUGCGGCAAGAGCUUCAGCCGGGGCUCCAUUCUGGUGAUGCACCGGAGAGCCCACCUGGGAGACAAGCCUUACCGGUGUCCUGAGUGUGGGAAGGGCUUCAGCUGGAAUUCGGUUCUCAUAAUACACCAGCGGACCCACACAGGCGAGAAGCCCUACAGAUGCCCCGAGUGCGGCAAAGGCUUCAGCAACAGCUCCAACUUUAUCACACACCAGAGGACUCACCUCAAAGAGAAGCUUUAUUGAA